AUGGCUAUCAUUGGUUCUUGGAUUACCAUAGCAGCUUCUGAAUUCUUGAACGAGCUUUGGAGGUUGAAGAUUCCACCGAAAGUGAAGAGCUUGAUGUGGAGAGGGGGAAAUAAUUGUCUACCCACUAUGGUCAUGCUCAUUACAAAAAAAGUGGUUGUCAAUAGUCUAUGUACAAUUUGUGCUUUGCAUGAUGAAACAAUAUUACACAUCUUGGUAACUUAUUCUUUGGCGACACAAUGUUGGGAAAGGGUAGGGAUUACCACUUUGAUAACUGCCAACAUGUCUUUUUUGGACUGGUGUAUUGCAACAUUUCAAGCUGUUAAUGACGAGAAAUGCUGCAUCAUUGCAACUUUGUGCUGGGCAAUAUGGAGUGCAAGAAAUGAAAAAGUAUGGCAAAACAAGUCCACAAAUGCUCUGUUUUUGUAUGCAUUGGCGGGAAGUUACCUUGCACAAUGGAAGGCUACUCAAUCUUCAUAUCAAGAAGAAUUUUGGACUAAUUUAUUACCAGAAGAAGGUGCUGAGCGGUGGUGUGUGCCAAAUGUGAAUGAAGUCAAGGUGAAUGUUGAUGCUUCUAUUUUUGGAGGAAACCAAGGCUUUGGUUUUGGUUUGGUGGCAAGAAAUGAGCAUGGUUUUAUGUUGGAGGGUACCAUUAGGCUUUGUAAUGAAGUCGUUAGGCCGGAGCUAGCAGAAGUUAUUGGCGUUAGAGAGGCGCUUAGUUGGAUAAAGCAAAAUCGGUGGUAG